CUGCUAUAAAACAAGCACCCACACCCGCCCACGCAAAACCCUCCCGGCCAAUCUCGUCCACGCCGCCGCCUCCUAGGGCUUCUCUUUCUUCCCCACCUCCGGACAGAGACGCCGCCCCACCGCCGCCGAGCUCUCCAAGAUGGUGCUCCAGAACGACAUCGACCUCCUCAACCCUCCGCCGGAGCUGGAGAAGCGUAAGCACAAGAAGAAGCGCCUCGUGCAGUCUCCCAACUCUUUCUUCAUGGAUGUCAAGUGCCAGGGAUGCUUCAACAUAACAACUGUGUUCAGCCACUCCCAGACUGUUGUGGUGUGCCCAGGCUGCCAAACUGUGCUAUGCCAGCCAACAGGAGGAAAGGCCAGGCUCACCGAGGGCUGCUCCUUCCGCCGUAAGGGCGACUAGAGUGCAGUCCUUUGGAAGAGAUGUUUGUGCUCAGCAAGGGUUGAACUUCCCAGGAUGUAGUCUUCCAAUGUUUCUAUGUGAGACCUUUGGUUAGUUCCAGUGUCCAAGUAUCUGAAUGCUUCGUUUUCCAUCUGGUUUGUCUAAUUAGUUCAGUUUAUUAUAAGUAGUCUUCGGGUACUGUUGAGUUAUAAGCUGCUAUGGGAGACAAUGGUUGACUACUUGUUUGGUGCUGAGCCAAAAAGCUAUAGAUAUUGCACUUUGCUUCUGAAAUGUUUUAAUACCUUAGUUGGGCAUUGUGUUCUUUUGAUCUUA